AUGAGAUUUCCAGCGGUGCUUUACCUAUGCCUCGUCGCUUGGAUGAUACCCGAGUCCUCUGGCUUUUCCAUCCAGCACAAACUUGGUGGAAGUUCUGUGAGGACCACUGGAUCUGAUCCAUCAGUCCUGCUGCAGAGCCAAAAACUCCCAGAACAAGACCAUGGAGCCUCAGAACACAAAGAUAAAGACGAUGAAGAUAGACUCCCAAGUAGUCUGUCCAAGCGACGGCAAUUUCUGAUCGGGUCUUCGUCUCUGGCUGCUGCUUCUUUGAUACCAUCCUCCGUGGCAAUGGCCGAUGACAGUGUCUAUCGUCCCGCAAAGCGACCAACAGCGUAUCGUGUCGACUCGACAUGUCCACCUACUCUCUUAUCCAUAUCUUCUGCUCGAGAGCAAACUCAAGUAUUAAAGGAAAUAGCAACGGGCAGUGGAACUGACAAGGAAGCCAUUGUGGUAGAUACCAUCAAUCUCAACAAUAUGCUCAACAAGGCAGUCUUUGGCACGGCUAGUUAUAUCAAAUCCCAACUCGAAUCUGACGACAGCAAAACUGGAUUGGGAUAUGCUUCCUAUCUCUGUCUCGGAGUUCCCAAGCAAGCAACCCCCGAAGAUUUGACAUUGGCUUCCAGUCUGCUGUCCACGGUCAUGCAAGCCCGUGCCGGCAAAAACAUGGCAGUGGGAUUGCACUGGGCACCUAUCAGUACGCAAGCAGCACUAGAUCAAUACACAACCAACAAGGAUUAUGAGGCUUUCAGUACAACCAUGACACAGGCUGGAGUGGACCAAGCCACGCUGAGUCUCUAUCGACCACUUUUGGAAUCACUGGCAGCGGCCAAUAUGGACACGUUGGCACUCAGUCCCGAACCGGCCGAUCUUCAAACCGCAAUCUCCCAGGGAUUGCAACAAGUGAACCCAGACCGACGGGCUCAAUACGUGGCGGAUGCACCCGGGUUUAUUGGCAUGACACAACAACCACAAUUCAAAAUGUACACGGACCGAUCCAUGUUUAAAGAUUUGCCCGACGGAGUCAAGGAAGGAGAUUUCUUUGCGCAGCGCAUCCUCGUCCACGAGGCUGCUGCCACCGUCUGCGCACAAUACGCCAAUGCGCAUAGUACCACCACCUCGACCACUCCGUUGGUGGCACUCUUGGCACCUAUUCCCGAUGUCCGGUUUUUGGUCGGUGGCAUUAAUGGACGAUUGCCACGAGUUUCCAAUGCACUGGGACUCAAUAAGGUUACUCCCAAUGCUGUCACCACCAUUCUAUGCAAUCCCACUGCCCUCGAAACAUUGAGCAAGACCAAUUAUUUGAGAUUGGAGAUUGGGACCGGACCAGAAACGAUUGAUUUGCAAGCCAAAGUGGCUGAUUUUCUGUGGUUCUCCAAAUCUCCCAAGGUCAACAUGAUUCCUCGGUUGAUGAAUUAGUUAGCCAGUUUGUUGUUACAGUACAGUCAGUACCAGUAGCCUGGCAUGCAUGUUACACGGGAAUAGCUAUCUAGCAGUUUGGUAGACUGAGACACAGCGCUAUAACCUUAGAGAGUUGAUGCUUUGAUCUUUCUCCUUUCUGAUAAGAGUUCUUAGGUUGCUUCCCAAGGGUGAGCUCUUUCAUAGUGUUUAUAGCUUGGCUCUUUAUUCAAGAAAU